GGCAAAGGUCUCAUCUACAAGCAGGGAGCCUCCGGUCAGGGGCCAUAAUGUCAUUGCAAGAAAAUCACGGACGUCCCCAGCGGGGCUUGAGCUCCAGUAUUCCAUCGCGAUUCCGCACCAUCGAACCGGAGGAAAUACGACCCCAGCGCCGUAUCUAUAUCGAUCACGACAGCGAUUUCUCCGAUGAAGAGGAACAGAUCAACGAGAGAGGCAAUAUGAGCGAGGGGACCACUGCUGUUUCCUAUGUCAUCGGCUCUGACGGAACAAAAAGGGUAGAGAUACAUUCCAAGCCCCUCGUCGAGGCGCUCGGUCGAGCAACCAAGGAUUCCACCCGCAGAGGACCCGCAGACUUCUUCACUGAGAGCGAGCCAUUUCCCACCCUCUUCUACCAUAUGGAGGAUAUAAGGGAGGAGAUUGCGAAGUCCGAUGAUCAAGAUGCUUCGCUCGAUCUUGAGGCUUUGGAACAGGUCGCAGCUGAAAUGGCACCAUGGUGGCACAAGGCAUGCGCCGAAACCUUUGAGUCAGGGUUUGUCAGCUACGAUAUGCUGUGGAAACUGUUCCAGACCGGAGAAUCUGUUCUUCAUGAGGAUGAAAUUGGCUGUCUAUGGCAGUUCAUCUUCAUUGAUAUAACCUAUCAUAGCGCGCAGCGGCAGCGGCGCCGGCCCCUGAAAGAACAAUGUGCGGCCUUCACAGUGUGGGGCCUAAACACGAUGGACGUGGCAUUUCAGUCCCGCAUCCAAAUUGGAAUUUCCUUCAGGGAAAUGACCCCCGCCACCCGCGCGCAGAUCUGGGAACGACUGCUUUCCUUGAAUGGCAGAGAUAAAAUGAUUGGGCCAAGUGCAGUCCAAGAUGUCAAGCAUAGACUGGGAAAAUUCCAGUUGAAUGGCCGGCAAAUACGAAACGUGCUGAAUGUUGCGGAUAGCCUUGCCUUCAACGAGUACGGGGUACCCGGGAAGUUGAAGUAUAGACAUAUACAGGAGGCCGUGGAAACUGCUAUGGAGUUCCAGAAGAUGUUGGUCGAGUCAAAAAAGAGAAUGAAGAACGAACAGACCGUCUGGGCCAUGUAUCGCGGUGACAAUGACUUCUCUAUCUAG